CCCGCUACCGGAUAUGUCGUGAGUGGUUGCCCUUUCCUCCAGUGAGAGUCACGUUUGACAUGACUUGUAGGUGGCUGCACGGCGAUGUUCAUCCCGACAGGAGUCUAAAAUGCAAAUACUUAUCUUUUGAAUGUUGUCGCCAUACAGGGUAUUGCCAGACUAAACGCACGGAACAAUGGUGAAGUAUUUCUGCUGUGCAGGGUUGCUCAAAAGCACCUGGGACCAAGUUUGUGUUGCUUUCUGGCAACGAUACCCCAACCCUUACAGUAACCAUGUUUUGACUGAGGACAUCAUUUUCCGAGAGGUUACCCCAACUAACUGCCUCAUUUCCAGACGUCUGUUGACCAAAACUAGCCGAGCUCCCCGCUGGAUGGAGCGGUACCUUCCAAAGCACAUGGCCAGCUCGGCAUACGUCAUUGAGGACUCUAUUGUGGACCCUCAGAAAAGGACCAUGACCACAUUCACAUGGAACAUCAGCCACGCUCGCCUCAUGUCCGUGGAAGAACGGUGCGAGUACCGGAUUAACGCUGAGAAUGGCAGCUGGACAGAGAUAAAAAGAGAAGCUUGGAUCUCUUCCAAUGUCUACGGGCUCACUAGAGCUAUUCAGGAAUUUGGUCUUGCAAGGUUCAAGACCAGUGUUACGAAGACCAUGAAGGGCUUUGAAUAUGUGCUGUCCAAAAUGCAAGGUGAAACCCCAUCGAGAACCUUAGCAGAAACUGCUACAGAGCGAGCAAGAGAGACAGCGCUGGCAGCUAAGGAGAAAGCCAAAGACCUCGCCUCACACGCCCAGAAGAAACAAUAUGUGUGAUGAGCUACAUAGAUCACUGGUUCUUUUUCCACUGAUACUGGGACAGGUUUAUCUUUACCCCCACCUCCCACUCUUUUUAAUGGUUCAAUUGGGGUAAGACAAACAGAUCCCGGUCAUGGGUAGACACCUCUGUGAGGAAGCAUCCAACUGAAAUGGUGGGUGGACCAUAAAAGGCCUGAGCUGGGUUCAAGAGCCUGUUCCAGCUUCCCGGUUUGUGCCCCGCUGACUAUAUCGUACCUUUGAUACUUGAUAAUCUUAGCAUUCACCAGAGAUAGAGAUCUUGGAAAGGAAUGGUUCAAUGCGGCUCUGGGUGUGCCAUAAAAUAAUAAUAGCACUUUGCCUGCCUUGAUACUGUUCCUCAGACCUUUGCUCAACCUCUGUACCGUUCAGCGUUUGCUUUUUACAUUGUUCCUUUAAGUAUUUCAUAUUUGUAAUAGAUUUGUGUUAUUAACAGCUUCUUAUCCAGAAGCAAAAAUUAGCACACCACGGAAUAUCUGAUUAAUGCAAAUUCACGUGUAUGAUUUACUUUACUUGCAUUUUUCGUUGUAGUUAUGUCAUCUUUUAGUUCAGUUCACCCGACCACACCUUAAUAAUCCAACUAAGAUUGAUUGCUUCAAGUUGAAGUUCAUUGACUGAAGAAUUGUCCAUAUUGUUGGCAGUCAUAGCUUGAUAGAAAUACACAUUUAGCACUCUUGAUAUUGUGUUAAGAUCUGGUUGCAAAUGCUUGUUAAAAGGCAAAAAUGAAACCUUGUACUGUACAUUCAGCUUAGGUCUGACGACACAACCCAUGCAACUGUGUGCUCUUACUGUAUCAAAUAUCAGCUUGUCAAUAAAAUUCAUUUCUUUGAAACCA